ACUAAAGAAGGAGGAUGCAUGCACUUGCUUAAUUCAGCCUUUGUUUUAGAUUAUUUCGCAUGUGAGGUUCAGGCGUAUGCUCAGCAAAUACUCACAGCUUCACCGGUCAGUGAAGUGAGACUGACGUCUGUCGAUUCACCGCCGGUGUCAGCCGAAAGCCGGGAGCCUGUUAAUCACGUUAUCUCAAGCCAUCUUGUAGUCACGAGGGUGACAUUGGAGAUAUGUUGUGGCAUCAAUCAUAGGCCUUUGCUAUAGCCUAUGUCACACUUCGUAUGCUCGGGCAUUUUUCGGAUGGUUGCAUAUCGUCAAUCAACCUCGCAGUACUAAAUACCUUACUCAGACUGAAUUGCCUCUUAUUCCGAAGCUCCGUUAUAGCUUCCAAGCAUGCAGAACAUCCAAGUUGGACUUCAUUAUAAGCGGACCGGAAGGGCUCUAACUCGAUGCCCAAGUCCCUCAGUGGCCGAUAUCCUGGCCCUCCGACCAAACCAAGAAAUCUUCACAGUCCUGAGCCAAGCUAUAUGGGGCAAUACUGUACUCCUGCACGACCUAUCCUACAUCUCCAAGACCGGUUUCAGCGUCGCAUCCGCCGAGGUUGAAUCAAUGAGACUGGUGUCUCAACAUACGGCCGUUCCAAUCCCAUACGUGAUCUACGCCACGUUCAGUCCCGGCUUCGGCAGGAUCGAAAUGACUAUCGUAUCGGGUGUCUCGCUCGACAGACGAUGGGACAUGCUGGACGACCACAGCAAAGAGUCCGUCUGUCGCCAAACGUGGACGUUGAUCGCGGAGAUUCGGGCGAUCCCGCAGCCACCGGAGCUCAAGGGUCUGGUUCGCUGCGGCAUCGACGGCUCUGUGCCUCAUGACCCAUUCUUCGAAGAUCUACAGGAUCCCCCUCGCGCCCUCAAGAGUGACGCAGACUUGCGGGCCCGCAUUGUUGAGCGUUAUGUGUACUUCGGCGGCUACCAGUACGAACGUGAUUUGCUGGAUUCGCUGCCGCGAUCUGAGCGGACAGUGUUCACGCAUGCGGACAUCGCGCCACGAAACAUCAUGGUCGACGAUGGUAACCACGUAACUGGCAUACUAGACUGGGAGUACGCGGGCUGGUAUCCGGAGUAUUGGGAGUACGCCCAGAUCCUCCAGUCGGCUUCCUGGGGGGAUUGGUCUGAAUGGAUGGACCGCACUUCGCCGCGGAGAUGGGAUCUGUGCGGGAUAGACGCUGCCAGGAAGGUCCUGGCCUGGACCUCAUCCGAUUCCGAUGAGCCAGCCUUUGAGUCGUGAGUCGAGAUGACUUCAACACUUUGCCGAAAAGUGGAAGGCCUCCAUAGCGGAAACACUGGGCAGAAGCCCGCUGACUCAGCGCGCCUUCUUACCGCCCUCGUGCUUGGCCAAAAGCUCCGGCGAACGUAAACCAAGUGAUACUCAAUCGUCGCAUCCAUCCAGACUACUACUACUACUAGAGUUGAACUUCUCAAUCAGACGUGUUUUCUUAUCUCCCUAGAUACUGCAUUCACUCACCAAAAUGCCUCUCAUAAACGAAUCGCACGACUCUCUGCCAUGUAAGUCGCUUCACAGCUU